AUGGCAUCCAAGCGCAGUGUUGCGGCCGUGGGCCUGGCUGGCGUCGUGGCGGGAAGCGCCUUCAUUGCAGGAACCAGCAGCCAGCCGCGACGUGCUCUUCGUGCCAGCACCCAGACGCAGGCCAAGGAGGCCCGACCGGCUUCUAGCGCGCCCCUGACAGCGGCAUCCCUCGUCGCGGUGUCGGCGGGUGCAGUCUACGCGGCCAGCAGCAGCCGCAAGGUGGCCACAAAGGCAAACAUCACUGCGCUUAGAGCCUUUGAGUCUGAGCUCGGGGUCCAGGCUCCCGUCGGUUUCUGGGACCCGCUGGGUCUAGCCCGCGAUGGCGAUGUGGAG